AUGGCUACCGCGCAAGCCCAGACAUUCGCUCCGACCAAGGUCGUCAAGAGCGACUACCCCCUCAUUGACAAUGACCCUCAUUUUAAGAGAGUCAUCGGGUAUGCCCGACCUUCGGAUUACCUCCACGGAGCCGUAGCUGCCGCCUUCGGCCCGGCUGCUCUCCUUGCCCUCGAGAAAUUCGCUCCUUCCCAUGUUGGCAAAGGAGGUAUGGCCCAGGCCAUGCGACUGGCUGGUGCUGUUGGCUUGGCUGGAGGUUUCCUGUACUUCUACCAGCGCUCAAGCUUACGAUUCUACGGAGCCACCGAGAAUGCACGCGAGGUUGAGAUGGACAUGAAAGAGAUGGUAGCAAAGGUCAAGGCUGGUGAGCCUCUCUACGGAGAGAGCAGGCUUACACCCCACAUGCAAGGUAUUGCGGCACGGCAGUCAAGAUAUUCGGCCUUGUUCAUGGGUGUCGUGCCCUGGUUCAAUUUUGUCAAUCAUAGCCAGCAUGGCAUCGAUACAGCCAAAUACUAUCAGCAGGCUGAGAGGGAGCUUGAGGCUGAGCGUUUGCAAAAGGGCAGCUCAUAA